UCUGCCAGCAGCUGGCUCCGGGGUUGCACCGUGGCAUUGAGAAUGGACAGCAGGGCGCGGAGCUCUUCCCGAGAGGCCCACGGGAGAAGUGGCAGGUCCUCAUCUAGGGAUGACAAGAAGGCAAAGGCCGGGAGGGGCAGCAGAGGCCGCGCACGCCCGGAUGCUGGAGCAGAGCGGCAGAGCACCGGACGGACGGCGACCCGAGGGGAGCCCCGAGCUCCUGCUGCCACCCGAGGGGAGCCCCAAGCUCCAGCCGCCACCGCCACUGCCACCGUAGUGGACGUGGACGAGGUUCGGGACCCUGGUGAGGAGGGCACGGAAGUGGUGGCGCUGCUGGAGAGCGAGCGACCAGAGGAAGGCACCAAGCCCUCUGGAUUAGGGGCCUGUGAGUGGCUUCUUGUCCUCGCCUCCCUGAUCUUCAUCAUCAUGACGUUCCCUUUUUCCAUCUGGUUUUGCAUAAAGGUUGUGCAAGAGUAUGAAAGAGUAAUCAUAUUCCGACUGGGACAUCUGCUUCCUGGAAGAGCCAAAGGUCCUGGCCUGUUCUUUUUUUUACCCUGCCUGGACACCUAUCACAAGGUUGACCUCCGUCUCCAGACCUUGGAAAUACCUUUCCAUGAGGUGGUAACCAAAGAUAUGUUUAUAAUGGAGAUAGACGCUGUCUGCUACUACCGCAUGGAAAAUGCCUCUCUUCUUCUAAGCAGUCUAGCCCAUGUGUCCAAAGCCAUCCAGUUCCUGGUGCAAACCACCAUGAAGCGCCUCUUGGCACAUCGAUCCCUCACUGAAAUUCUCCUGGAAAGGAAGAGCAUUGCCCAAGAUGUAAAGGUUGCCUUAGAUGCAGUGACCUGUAUUUGGGGCAUCAAAGUGGAGAGAACUGAAAUUAAGGAUGUGAGGCUGCCAGCUGGGCUUCAGCACUCUCUGGCGGUGGAAGCUGAGGCACAAAGACAGGCCAAAGUGCGGGUGAUUGCUGCAGAAGGGGAAAAGGCUGCUUCAGAGUCCCUGAGGAUGGCGGCUGAGAUUCUGUCGGGCACCCCAGCUGCUGUCCAGCUUCGAUACUUACACACUCUUCAGUCACUGUCCACAGAGAAGCCAGCCACUGUGGUUUUGCCUUUGCCAUUUGACAUGCUAAGCCUUUUGCCCUCUCCCGGCAACAGAGCACAAGGGAGCAUCAACUACCCAAGUUCCUCCAAACCAGUUGAACCACUAAAUCCCAAAAAGAAGGACUCUCCUAUGUUAUAGGCAAAUGGGCAAAGAGAUGAAAGUGGAUGUGUCUGCCCAUCUGUCUGCCUUCCUUUACACAAGUGGCCUCAAUAGCCCGAUGCCAGAGAUGGAAAACAAAGAGUUCUCUCAACAUUGCUUAAGAGAUUCAAGAAAGUACAGCAAGGUCUGAAAGACUGUGAAACUUCUCACAAAACAUCUGCCUUCUUAGCUUUAGCUGUCAACUUUACCCAGUUACCCAAGAAGGGGGUCUGAGCUGAGGGAUGGCUCAGAUCAGAUUGAUGGGUGUGUGUAUCUGUGGGGGUUGACUUGAUUGCACUGUCUGCUGUGGAUGGCACUAUUCCCUAGGCAGGUGGUCCUUUGCUAUUAAAGAAAGCUAGCUGAGCAUAAGCCUGUGAGUGAGCCAGCAAGCAGCACUCCUUCAUGGUCUCUGCUUCCAGUUCUUGCUUGGCUUCCUGCCCUAACUUCUCUCAAGGAUGGACUCUGAAACAGGAGUGCAAGUUGAAAUUAGCCCUACUCCACCAUCCUCCACAUAAGUUGCUUUUGGUCAGUGUUUUAUCACAACAGAAAGGAAACUAGAACAGUACCCUUAGUAUAUCCAUGGUGUGAUCUAUGACCAUGAGAGACUUUCUGUCUCUUGGGAACCUGGGACCUUGGCAGACUAAGACAAAGAAGAAAGAAAUGCUUAGAUUUUGUUUCAUAGUAACACUGAAGUGACAUGGUAAAGCACUAGAGAUCUUCCAAAGGUGCUUGGUCAUUAUUUAGUCCCAGCUUGGCUUUUAAAGAUUUCAAUACUCUGAGCUCCCCCAAAUUCUUCCAAUAAAUUAUCCUGUAAAAGUGGGUUUCUGUGACUUACAACCAACUAAUAAAGUUCUGGAUACCAAACAUCAUUAUAAGUAGGGUAGCAGUAGACAUGGAAGUUAGAGACAGUACUUUCUACCUGAUGUAGUUGAUAUGAUUUGUCACAUUCUGCAGGACAAGGCUCUUGUGCUCACCGAUGGGAUAUGCUAAUUUAUAUGAGAGUGCCACUCAUUCCUAUGGAGUAGAAAAUCAAUAAAAAGUAUUCUAUAAUUGUACAAAAUCAAAAAGCCAUUGUCAUUGAGGAAUGUCUUUUGGAGGCAGGAAGCAGGGCUAUGAUCUAGCAGGCAGGUGGAAGCUAUAAGCAAGAGCUUUAGCUGUGGCUACCAGUUGGGUCAUGAGCAUAUCCAACUGCCUGAAGAAUUUCAUGUUGCCUUUCCUAUGAGCACAAAGUGUGAUUGACUCUGUCCAGUUGGCAUAGGUAACUCGUAAGCAAUGUUGAACCCAUCCCUCAAGACUGACCAGGGAUCCAACAUAAAGCUAGGAACUCUGGAGUUAGUGGUUUUCUGAUCUGAAAGAUCAGGCAAGGGUUUAAAGUCUAGGAGAGACAGUCAAAGGAACACUAGCCAUGUGGAACCAAAACGAAUGUAGCAAUCUUUCCAGUGACCACUGGAGCCAGAGAGAUACACAAACCCAAUCAGGUCAGAAGCACUGAGUAGGGAGGAGCCCUGCAGAGUGACAGCCAUAACAUCCAUUUGUCAUUCCCAGCUUAUAUUCUAUAGGACAGACCUACUUCCAUGCCUGGACAGCAUUGGGGACAUGAAAAGGGCAGAUGAGACUCUGGUGAGUCUCCAGCAACACAGAAGCCUUGGGAGUCAUGGCUGGGAACACAGUAUAUACAAAACUCAGCCAGCUAGGGAUGCUGACACCCAUCAGGCCUGUGGGCUCAGGAGGACUGAUACCCCUCCUGGGACUCUGUCUCAUUUUCUAAGAGAUGGGAUUAUCAGUGU